CGCCGCCCCGGUUGCGCGGUGCCCUCCGGGACGCACGGGGGCGCUGUGGCCGCCUCGAGACAGCGCGCUCUGCGAGCCCGGCGCCUUUGCGGCCGGGUCCCUGCGCGCCGUUGCAGCCAUGGCCGCCGCUCUUGGAUUUCGCUCCCUGUGCCGCGCACGACCUGCGCCGCUCCGCCGGCACGUCGAUCGGCUGUGGAUGACCCCACGUCGGGGACACCGUCUCUCCCCGGCGGAUGAUGAGUUGUACCAGCGGACACGCAUCUCUCUGCUGCAAAACGAGAACCCAUUGCCCGUAUACAUCGACAGCUACAGUAGCAGAGGGUUCACAGUCAACGGAAACCGUGUGUUUGGCCCGUGCGCGCUGCUCCCACAGACGGUGGUCCAGUGGAACGUGGGAUCUCAUCAGGACAUCACUGAAGAGAGCUUCUCCCUUUUCUGGAUGCUGGAGCCGAGGAUAGAGAUUGUUGUAGUGGGCACUGGAAACAAGACUGAGAGGCUGAACUCCCAGGUACUACAGGCCAUGAGACAGCGGGGCAUCGCUGUGGAGGUGCAGGACACGCCCAAUGCUUGUGCCACCUUCAACUUCCUGUGUCAUGAAGGUCGAGUGACAGGAGCUGCCCUCAUCCCCCCUCCUGGAGAGACGAUGCUCACCUCUUUAUCUCAAGCUGCACAAUGAACCACCAGGAACCGUCCAGGAGGGCACAGGCACACUGCAGAGUGCAGGGGUUCCGGGGUUCCCAGUGCCUCCCCACCCUCCGCUUUUGGUACUGUGAAAACUUAUCCAUGAUAAUUUAUAUUAUACAAACA